UUGCUCCUUGAGUCGUUCAUUUCGGAAGUUUAAAAAAAAACAGCAAAAGGGAAGUGUAUGGUGUUGAGGGGUGUAAUGGGAAUUUUUUUUUCAAUGUUUUUAUUUUUUUUGUAGAAUGAGAUUAUGUAAUAUAAACUAAAUUUGUGGGAAUGUGAUUACUUCUUUAUGAUUGUACCACUUAUUUGUGUCUGUAAUUCGGAGGAACUCCGGAGGCGGGUUUACGUCGUGUUUGUCUUUCUGACGAUUUGUCUUGCGAAGUUACUGAAUGUCGCUCCUUAUUUGCUCGGAAUGAAAGCUCAGUAUAAGGAACCUGUGCCGUAAUGGUAGUAUAACUACGUUUAUUCAUUGCCGUAAGAUCCCCCUCCCUUCUAAGGUAGCUGUAGUUCACUAACGUAGCAAGGUGUUUAUGGCCAAAUAAUAUUCUGUCUCAUCUCUCGUCCAUAGAGCGCGUGCAUAAAUUUGACUUGCCAUUUUAGGGCGCGACUCUGACCUUUUGCAAGUGUAUUUAGGUUGUUCCGCAUUUAGCUCAAGUUUAUCUCUUCGGCAAAAGCUAUUUUCACUGUUUUAUAUUUUGGUGUUGUAUGUAGCCAAUUAACCUAUGUGGUGGUGGUGUUCGCUCCUUUCGUGUUUUGAUAGUCAGCGAAUCCCUAUCUAUUUAUUUUUCUGUUGUCUGAAAUAAACUUCCUCGUUCUUGUUUUUUGGGAGAUUCCCAUUUCUCCGCGUAGGCGAAUGACGUUAUAUGGGGAUUACCCUUCAGAUGACGAAUGGGAGAGCCCUGUGUUCAGAUUUUUGAACAACCCAAGCAAAGAGGCAUGCGCUUUAGGUAUAAGUGCGAAGGCCGUUCAGCAGGGAGUAUACCUGGAGAAAGAAGUUCUGACAAUAAUAGGACUUAUCCAAGCAUCCAGAUUCUGAACACCUGUGGAAGAGGAAAAGUGCGUGUGUCAUUGGUAACCAAAAAUGAGCCGUACAGACCACACCCACAUGACCUGGUGGGGAAAGACUGCAAGGAUGGAUAUUACGAGGCAGAAUUUGGACCUGAACGCAGAGUUAUUGCCUUCCAGAACCUGGGUAUCCAAUGUGUAAGGAGAAGAGAAGUCAGGGAUGCCAUAAUGCAGAGAGUGAACCGAGGCCUCAACCCCUUCAAUGUUCCUCGGGAGCAGCUCUUGCAGACGGAGGAAUACGACCUGAAUGUGGUGCGUCUGUGUUUCCAGGUCCUUUUGCAAGAUGAGACUGGAUGCUACAGCAUUGCGCUGCCACCUGUCAUCUCCAAUCCUAUCUAUGACAACCGUGCACCAAACACAGCUGAGCUGCGCAUCUGCCGCGUCAACAAAAACAGUGGCAGCGUGAAGGGUGGUGAUGAGAUCUUCCUGCUCUGUGACAAAGUCCAGAAAGAUGAUAUAGAAGUGCGCUUCUUCACCCAGACCUGGGAGGCCAGAGGCUCCUUCUCCCAGGCAGAUGUGCACAGGCAGGUGGCUAUCGUUUUCCGUACGCCUGCCUACUGCGACACCUCCAUCACGUCUCCUGUCACUGUGCACAUGCAGCUGCGCCGCCCCACUGACCAGGAAGUGAGUGAACCCAUGGAAUUUAGAUACCUGCCCGAUGACAAAGAUCCAUAUGGCUGCCAAGAAAAGAAGCGAAAAGUUGAUGAUCUAUUGAAGUCGUUCCCUAGUUUCACAUCUGGACCUGUGGGACCUGUGGACAGAAAACUAGGAUAUCAAACUCAAGGAUUAAACUCAAGGAUUAAAUAUGAGAAAACUUCCUAUGUAAAUCCUCUUCAUGGUACAAGGAGGCAAAGUCAACAACACAUGUAUAAUUCCUAUCAGCCCCGUAUGAUGCCAUCCACUUCAGCAUGUCCAGCACCAGUAUCAUUCAAUCAAGAUCAAUGGGCUAAUUCUUCACUUCACUUCAGCCCAGCUAGCAGCAACCCUGGGGCCAGUAAUGGAGGGGGUAUGUCACAGGUUAACCAAGUUAACACAGUUCCCUCCCUAAACACCACAGGGGAGAGUGGAAACAGCCUCCCCUUACUGAGUCCAAGGGAUCUGGAGUUUCUUGAUCCUCAAGGCGCUUCUGCCAACCAGCCUCGGCAGGAGCAGCUGGAGCACAGUGUCCAGCAUUCGCAACAGCCUCUCCACAGGAAGGAAACCAUGCCUGCUGGUGAAAGCCUCUGGCCUAACUUUGAUCCCUCAUCAGGAACACAAAAUGGGCCUGCAAGCACAGGGAUGAAUUACACAUAUCCAGAUUGUCAGGAUGGAAGUGAAAUUCUUCAUAGCUUAGUAGGCCCUCAGACAGGUCUUAAUUUAAAACAAGAGCCUCAAGGGCAAAGUACCUUGGCAUUGCUGGACCCUAACACCAACCUCUUUGAGUCCUACACCAUGCUCAACUAUCCACCGACCAGCAGCAGCAAUCAGGAGGCCAUGAGACAUGCAGCCAGUAGUGGAGCCAGUGGGUCAGGACAGAGGAACACACAGACCCCAUCCUACUCCAUCAGGAACAUGGCCCAAGAAGCUAAUCUCAAUACCCUCAACUGGCCCUACAAUCAAUUUGGUGGCGAAUAAGAGAAAAGUUCAACACUUUUAAACUAUGGAUAAUAAUAAAUGUAUGUAGGUGUGAGAGUGAAUAACUGAAACUAUAUUUUUUACUGUUUAUAUAGCUUUGCUGGAUGUCUGGAAUAAUCUUUAGUCCUUACAAUUUAGUUGAGUCAAUGAUGAGGCACUGAGUUUAUGGUUAUAGUGGAUGAUACCGUAGCUGGAACAAGUAACACUUGAGCAAAUGCUGCAAUAAACAUUUACUCUAACAAUAAGCUUAUUGGGCCACCAAAGCCAUUACUGUUGGACACCACUGUCAUAUUAAAAAAAAAAAAAAAGGCAGCAAUGAUUUUAAUGAACAUGUAUAUAGAUUUUGAGGAAAAUCUUUGAGAAUUCUGGAAAACCUGUCCAAACUUUCUCAAGUGUGAGGAAGUAAUUCUGUUCUCUGGAACUUGUAGGGACCCUCGGACCCUGUGUAAUGGCUAUGUCAUAUUAAACACACGUUCUAUCCAAAGUUCUCAAAAUGCUGGGUUAAUCCUUCUCAAAAAAGAAUUGAAGUUAAGUUAUGCCUUUAGAACAUGAUGCUGAUAUUUUCUGCUUAUUUUUUUACAAAUAUUUACUGGAAAAGAUUAUUAUAUGUUGAUUGUGGUGUAUGCAUGCUUGUUUCAGCUUCACAGUGAAAUCAAGAUCAUUUUAUCUAUUGCAACUUUUAUGUUUUGUAUUUUUAUACAAUAAAAAGAUGAAAUAGUC